UCUGGUGCGGGGACUGUCUGCCGGUGAAUGAUUUUUCCCAGAAACCUACGCGUCGGUCGCCUCCGCCUUUUCUGCUCUACGGGCUGAUCAUGGCGUUCACGUUUGCGGCCUUUUGUUAUAUGCUGGCUUUGCUUCUCACUGCGGCUCUCAUCUUCUUCGCUAUAUGGCACAUUAUUGCAUUUGAUGAGCUGAAGACGGACUACAAGAAUCCAAUAGAUCAGUGUAAUACACUAAACCCGCUUGUGCUUCCAGAGUACCUCAUCCAUGCCUUCUUCUGUGUCAUGUUUCUGUGUGCUGCCGAGUGGCUUACACUAAGUCUAAACAUGCCUCUCUUGGCGUACCAUAUUUGGAGGUAUAUGAGUAGACCCAUCAUGAGUGGACCAGGGCUAUAUGAUCCUACAACUAUUAUGAAUGCAGAUAUUCUGGCAUAUUGUCAAAAGGAAGGAUGGUGCAAACUAGCUUUUUACCUUCUCUCAUUUUUUUACUACCUUUAUGGCAUGAUCUAUGUGUUGGUGAGUUCCUAAGAAGACACAGCUGAAGAUAUCGGUUCUUAUGAAUUGCAUGCAAAAGCUAAACAAUAUAGGAAUUUGGUCUGGCUAGAACCUCAAAAACUUGCAAAUGGAGUCCCCUGAUCACAUUCACUGAAGGGGUAAAACAAAUAAAUUCUUCCCAGUUUUUAAAUGGUAUAAACAUUCAGUGUUGGGAAGAUUUAUUUUCCUGUUUUAAGAAGACUGAAAUUAUGUACAAUAUUUAUCACUUAUAUUCUUUACAUUUUCAUUGUCUCAGAUUUAUUAUACCCUUUUUUUUUUUUUUUUUUUUUUUUUUUUUUUUUUAAAUACAUUUUAUACUUUUUGUUCUGUUUUUUCCCCCCUACAUUGUUAGUAGCUUUAUUGAUAGAACUCCAAAAUAGCCAUAUUAUGGCUUUAGGUAUAAUCUGUUUCAAAGAAUUACUUGCAGUGUAACCAUUUAUAUUGUGAUUAAAAUGCUUUGAGGUAACUAAUGGUCUCUUGUAAAUAACCAGCUAUCUAUGUAAAAUUUUAACUGACGGCAAAGUAUUUCCUUCCGAAGGCGAAGAAAGGUAUUUAUUACACUCCUUAGAAACCAUCAAGACCUCCUGGAAUGAAAGGACUGAGAAUAAAACUUUUCAUUGCACAGACUCUCACAAAUGGAAAUAUGUGGUUUGAUUUAAAUAGGGAUACACUGCAUCAUAUCUACUAAUCUUCAUUGAAUCUGAUUUGCAUAAAAAAAAAAUCACAGGACUUUGCAUCCAAAUUUGAGAUGCAGCUUCCUACAUUUUGAGUCUUUUAAUGUGAUGUCGAGCAGGUUUAUCAAUUGGGUUUAUUAAAGAAAAUACAUUUUUAAGA